CUUUUGGACACAAGAAAAGGAAAAGGAUUCUGGCGUGGGGGCGUACGUAUAUGGAUUGGGAGGGGGAGAUUAGUACUAGAAGAAGAAGAAGAGAAGAAGAAGAAGAAGAAUAAAGGCGAGAAUGGGCGGCAAGGGUGGUCCUUUCUCCUUUCGCCGGACCAGCGCUCGCCGUCGUGUGAAGAAGUCGCCUCAGACCACCCAUUCUUCGAUCGGAGAUGCCACCUCCUCGCCGCCUAGUACCAACAACAACAACAGCAGCAGCUUGAUUGCCGCCGCCGCUGCCGCCACUGCUGGGGGUGUUAAGGGGAAGAAGAAAACUGGUGGAGCGAGGCUAUGGAUGAGAUUCGAUCGCUCGGGGCAAUCGGAGCUCGUCGAGUGCGACAAGAAUACCAUAAUCCGCCGCGCCUCCAUUCCCCCUCGCGACUUGAGGAUUCUUGGACCUCUCUUUUCUCACUCCUCUAAUAUCCUUGCAAGAGAGAAGGCUAUGGUGGUUAAUUUAGAAUUUAUUAAGGCAAUAGUUACAGCUGAAGAGGUGUUGUUGCUUGACCCUCUUCGCCAGGAAGUUCUUCCGUUUGUGGAUCAACUCAGGCAACAACUUCCUAAUAAAGGCCCAUUUCAGAUCAAUGGAGCAGCAGGUCCUUUUGAGGAGCAAGAAAAUGAAAUGAAUGAUUUAACAAGUAGACAUUGGUUACCUGUUCCAGAGGCUGUUGAAGGUCUGCAAUGUGAGCUUCCAUUUGAGUUUCAAGUUCUUGAGAUUGCAUUGGAGGUUGUUUGUACGUUCUUGGAUUCCAGUGUGGCGGACCUCGAGAGAGAAGCUUACCCUGUUUUGGACGAACUGGCAAGGAAUGUAAGCACUAAGAAUCUUGAACUUGUCCGGAGUUUAAAGAGCAAUCUUACCCGUCUGCUUGCACGUGUUCAAAAGGUGAGGGAUGAAAUCGAACAUCUUUUGGAUGACAAUGAAGAUAUGGCACAUUUGUACUUGACAAGGAAGUGGAUCCAGAAUCAACAAUCUGAAGCUUUGUUGGGAGGUUCUGGUUCAAAUAGCAUCAACACCAUUGCUACUCAUCUUCCUCGGAUUAGUUCUAGGAGAAGUGGGAGUUUGGUGAGCAACCACUUGGAUGAUAAUGAUGUUGAAGAUCUGGAGAUGUUGCUUGAGGCAUAUUUUAUGCAGUUGGAUGGAACACGUAACAAGAUAUUGUCUGUUCGAGAGUACAUUGAUGACACAGAAGACUACGUCAACAUCCAACUAGACAACCAGCGAAACGAACUCAUUCAGCUCCAGUUGACAUUGACAAUUGCCUCAUUUGCCAUAGCAAUCGAAACAUUGAUUGCAGGAAUGUUUGGUAUGAACAUUCCUUGUACUAUGUAUGAAACGGAGGGGAUAUUUGAGCUCUUUGUUGGAGGUAUUACUGCAGGCUCUCUAUUGAUUUUCUUACUUGUUUUAGGAUAUGCCAGAUGGAAGAAGCUGCUUGGCUCGUAAGUUAACUCUGUUACCAUCUCUUAUUGUGUUUAUAUAAUCUGUAAAAUUCAUCAAUACCCACUUCAAUUCAUAAAUCUCUCUACAGAAAGUAUCUGUAUACCAUUGCAUAUUUCUCUAGGGCUGGAUGGAAGAUAAGAUAUUAGACCUAAAUGUGCUUAGAUCUGUGUUUUAAGAAAACCUUCGACAAAGCAAGUGAUUUUUUUGUA